CCGGUAACUGUUUCAGCCCCCCAUCCUCCUGGGCUGUGCCUCGCUGUCACCCUGCCGCAGCCCCUGGACUCCUCGAAGCCAGCUGUGUGCACAGCUGGAGCUCUCGGGAACCCACCAACUACCCUCUCUGGGUGUCCUAGUCCUGCCCUCCCACCCCAUUCCCCAUCCCAAGUUUCCCACUGCCUGCUCCAUCUUCCCCAGGGAAAUCGUUCAUGGCCACAUCCCGCUCCCACAGCCCUCUUGGCACGUGGCAGAAGGAAACUGGGGCAGUUCCUGGUGACUGUGGCCCCAUCUUGGUGGCAGAUGCCAUAUGGGAUGGGUCCAACGCUUCCGCAGGGGAUCGCUGUCCGGAGCCGGGGCAGGAUGGGGAUGCCCACGGCCACCACGGUCCCCUCUCCAUCUCCGUUUGAUGCCACCCCACAAUUCAGCCACAGCUCUGGGCGAAGCGGCAAAGGGUUAAGCCAUGCAGCGGGGCCACGUGAUGUUCCGGGGAUGCCGUUUUUCUGAAGAUCAGGAUGGAUUAGAGUGGAAUAUCAGGACGAGGAUUUCUUUGCAGGGUGCAUCCCCCUCCCCAGCCCUGGCCUGGCCUCUCGCCCCUCACCACGGCUCCCCAGGGACGCCCAGUGCUGAGCUGAGCCUGACUGUGCAUGAGGCUGGUGUUCGCCCCAGAGCCACCCAGCGCCCGCACUGACACCCGAGGCAGCGCCGGGAACCAUGUCGGGUUCCUACGACGAGUCGGCAGCGACCGCGGAGGAAACAACCGACAGCUUCUGGGAGGUGGGGAACUACAAGCGUACGGUGAAGCGGAUUGAUGACGGGCAUCGUCUCUGUAAUGACCUCAUGAAUUGCGUGCACGAGCGGGCCAAGAUCGAGAAGUCCUACGCCCAGCAGCUCACUGACUGGUCCAAGCGGUGGAGGCAACUCAUUGAGAAAGGUCCCCAGUAUGGGAGCCUGGAGAAGGCAUGGGGUGCCAUCAUGACGGAGGCGGACAAGGUGAGCGAGCUGCACCAGGAGGUGAAGAACAGCUUGCUGAACGAUGACUUUGAGAAGGUCAAGAACUGGCAGAAGGAUGCCUACCACAAGCAGAUCAUGGGAGGGUUCAAGGAAGCCAAGGAGGCAGAGGAUGGCUUCCGGAAAGCCCAGAAACCUUGGGCCAAGAAGCUUAAGGAGCUGGAGACAGCCAAGAAAGCCUAUCACCUGGCAUGCAAGGAGGAGAAGCUGGCCAUGACUCGGGAAGCCAACAGCAAGGCAGAUCAGUCCAACACCCCUGAGCAGCAGAAGAAGCUCCAGGACAAAGUGGAAAAGUGCAAGCAAGACGUGCAAAAGACUCAGGAGAAGUAUGAGAAGGUGCUGGAUGAGCUGAACAAGUGCACCCCGCAGUACAUUGAGAGCAUGGAGCAGGUCUUUGAGCAGUGCCAGCAGUUUGAGGAGAAGAGGCUCAACUUCCUCAAGGAAGUGCUUCUGGACAUCAAGAGGCACCUGAACCUGGCUGAGAGCAGCAGCUACGCCAACGUCUACCGGGAGCUGGAGCAGACCAUCCGCAUCUCGGAUGCGCAGGAGGAUCUCCGGUGGUUCCGCAGCACCAGUGGCCCUGGGAUGCCCAUGAACUGGCCCCAGUUUGAGGAGUGGAACCCAGACCUGACGCACACGAUAACACGGAAGGAGAAGCAGAAGAAGGGUGAUGGGGUGGCCCUGACCAAUGCCAGCAGCACGGGCGAGACAGGGGCAUCAGCGGGCGAGCGUGGGAGCGUAAGCAGCCACGACCGCGGGCAGACCUACAGCGCCGAGUGGUCUGACGACGAAGGCAGCAACUCCUUCAACACCAGUGAGGCCAACGGAGGCACCAACCCCUUCGAUGAGGAGUCGGCGGGGAAGGGGGUGCGGGUGCGGGCUCUGUACGACUACGAUGGGCAGGAGCAGGACGAGCUCAGCUUCAAAGCAGGUGAUGAACUAACCAAACUCGGUGAAGAAGACGAGCAAGGAUGGUGCAAAGGGCGCUUGGACAACGGGCAGCUAGGUCUCUACCCCGCCAACUACGUGGAGGCAAUCUAAGUCUUGUGGUGUGCUCCUCGUCGCCGUCAGCAGAUAAAUCCACGCUCCGUCGUCUCCAUCUCUCCACCAGCCAACCAGCCAUUUUGCCGUCUGGUCCUUCACUCCUCACACUUAGAGAUUCAGACAUAUUUUCCGACCAAGCUUUUAUUUUUUUAAGAGUUGUCUCCGAAGAGUAUUUUGCAUAGUCGCUUUCUUCUUCUUCUUCUUCUUCUUCUAAGAUAACGUGAAGCGAAAGAUGACGUUGUCCGUUCGUCUAUGUUAGUUGAUUUUUUUUUCCAAGCGAAAAGCCAAUACCUCAAGAUCUUAAAGCCCAACCAGUGAGAGCUUCUGAUUGGUUGGUUUUUAAAGAUACUGAAAUCAUGAGCCGCCUUCUGAUUGGCUGGAACUGUUCCAAAAUGCACGCCGCUGAAGCUCCUGGGACCAAUCAAAUUCACCCCAGAAAACCAAGAGGGAAUGGAGUUCGACUCCGUUUUUUUUGGUGUUUCCACGUUCUUCUCCCCAAUUCAUCCUCCCUCCCCAAAGGAAGGGGAACGUCCCCACCUGCCCCACAGCCACCUGACCCCAUCUGCGGGCAGGUCCCUGUUCUGGUGGCAGAUCGAUAUGCCCAGGUGAGGUGGGAGCAGCACUGCCGUGGAACUUGGUGGUAUCUCCUCAGCUUUCUCCUGGCUGCCAAUGUGUCCGGAGCAGGUGGAGACUCCCAAGCUGAUGCCUCACGUGUGCUGCAGGGAGCAGCAUCGCCCUUCAUGAGGGCAGGCACCCGGCACCCAGCAGAUCCAGGGUGAGAUGGCCCUUAAAUGCUCUUCAGGGAAGGACCCACCACAGCCCAGCGCUGCUGGAAGCACCUUCACGCCCAGCCUGGGAAAGCGAGGACCAGUUGGGAUGCUCCUGGGGCUGGUCCACGUCUGUCCCACUUCCUGAAGAGACGCAGGAGCAGAUGAGGGAUGGAGAUUAAGCAACGUCCAACCUUGAAUGGAUCCAGCAGAAGCCGCAGCCAGCUGGAGGAUGAGGAGGUGCAGACCCCUGGGGGUCUCCCCUCCUGCUCUUGGGCUCUCAACCACCUGCGGCGCGGACCCCUGAGCACCCAUGGGGGCUGCCACCCAGCAUGGUCACCCCAACCCCUCUGCCCCAGGCAUAUUUGUCACCUUGAGCUCUUCCCUACAGCCAUCUCAUCUUAUCUCAUCUUCGCAGCAUCGAUGCCAUCAUUUUCCUGCACGCUCUUCCCUCUCCUGCCCCCUCCGUGGGUUGUGGAAUUUUUUGGCCCCAGGGAUCAAGUGUUUUCGGAGAGGCAGGAGAUGCUCCAUGUGCUGGGCAUGGUGGGCAAGAACCACCCAGCCCUGCCUCCCCUGCCAGGUCCCCAAGCAGGGUAAAGAAAAACCACAUCAAAAGUCAGAAAAAAAACCCCAACCAACCACCUGUCUCAGCAAUGCACCCCGGUUUUUUUGUACAUUGAUUGUGUAAUUUAAGAAGUAUAUAUAUAUAAUAUA